GAGAUGGUCCCGUUUCCUCGUUUCCCAUUGCUGUUGUCCUCUGCCCCACCACCACCACUACUACCACCACUCAGAAAGGUGCUAUUAUGCAAUUACUCACCGCCGAAGGAUCUUGAGAGAUAUCUGAGUGCAGAAUGACCUUGGCACCCCGAUUGUUGAGGCCAGCGGCCUCUGCCUCGCUGGGUCCCAGGAGAAUCUUUUCGGGAACAGUGAUAUCCCCCAAAUCUGCGUUUCGCUCUAAUCGUUUCACGACCAGCACCGUAUUUCGUUCAGCAGAAAGCACUGGUAGUAUUAUCCCAUAUCAGCUCUCAGGAAAUCGAAACUGACACGUUGAUCUGGUAGUCACUCCUCCCAGCAGCCCAGCGUCCUUCGCUUAUAACGCUGCAAAGUACAUUACGAUAGCAACCCUCUUCACAACAAUAGGCUUUGUCAUAGGUGCAAUGCCAGCAUUACAGGCAGUUCAAGAAUACGUGAAUCCCCCAACCGAUGCGGAAACCCUCACCAUGUUCACACCUGCCAACGAGCUAGAGCGCGAAAUCGAGGAGUUCAUCCAAACCCACCCAAUCACCCUCGAAUUGCGCUCCAAAUCAGAAAUUUCCGAGUCGAGACCACACUUGAAAGUCCCAGAAGCUUUCAAGAAAAACAAUCUUACAGCGGGAAUACUGCUGGGGCCAGGAAGAGUGGCAGUACCGCCUUUCUUUUGGAACGAGGAGGGAGGAAAGAGUAUGGUGUCAAUUGCGUACUUGGGCGAGGAGCUGUGUGGGCAUCCAGGAAUUGUACAUGGUGGGUUCUUGGCAACUAUGCUGGAUGAAGGGUUGGCAAGAUGCUGUUUUGGUGCUCUUCCCAACAAGAUUGCCAUGACUGCCAAUCUGAACAUCAAUUACAAAUCGCCGACACCAGUAGGAACCUAUGUAGUUCUGAGGGCAAAGACCACAAAGGUUGAAGGCAGGAAAGCAUGGGUCGAAGGGCAUAUUGAGACUCUAGUUGCACCAGGGGAGAAACCCGUCAUACUAGCAGAAGCAUCUGGCUUAUUCAUUGAACCAAGAACAGCAGCAGUGAGUUAAACAAGACGACCCCUUUCGACGAAAGAACGAAAUCUGACAAACAAUCUAGACUAUGACGCGAAUCUAUCCAGUCAAUUAACUGAUCAUAGCCCGAAUGGGAAUUCUUCCUGAUUAAGGACGACUUCCCAGGUUGCACAGAGUACACACCAGGCCUGAACCCACCCCUCGACCAAAAAGAGCAAGAAGUCGUCUAUAGAAGGUCAAUUGUUACCAAUAGUGGCGUCGAGUAAGAGGCCUAGAUCUUGUAUAACAAACCUAGAUUUGAAAUGCUACAUACGUCGUGGUACGGGCUGAAAAGCGCCUUCUCUUUAUAGAAGGUCUGUAAAACCAACAAUCGCAUCGGAAUAAUCCACUUACAAGCACCAUCGACGUAAUACCUGCACAAGAAUAGAAACUCGUCUCUGCAGUUUCAACUAUAUAAUAUAUCACCUUUCUCACUCUAUUCGCUCCAUUUCAAACUUGCAAUCCAAUCCAUCCAUCUAUUCAAAUCACUUCCACGUGAUUCAAGCUUCAUGUUCUUGAAACCUGCAGAAACCAAGACCCCUGCAAUCAAGCCUCAAAUUACGCAAUCGCACCCCUACCAACUUUUUGAUCGCAGCUUGCGCCAUUAGUUGCGGCCAGUAGUUUUGGAAAAGAAAGUCUUCCAACUCUCAUGUUCCAAUUCCUUACAAAAGGAUUCCAAUCCAUCUUCUCGCCCAAAUCUCAAACUACCACCCCACCACCAAAAGAAACUCCCCAAGAAGUCAUCACAAUGGCAACGUAAGUUCCCAAUCCCAUCCCAUCCAUCACCUCCCCCAAAAAAGUACCCCGCCAAACCCCCACCAUCCCAACCUGCAACCAGAAACCACAACACAAGCACAAGUCAACUAACAGAGGGAUCUCACAGUAACAUCACAUGGCACGAGGGUCUCUCCCGCUCCGAGCGCAACACCCUCCGAAAACAAAAGGGCUUCACAAUCUGGUUCACGGGACUCUCCGCAUCGGGCAAAUCCACCAUCGCGACGGCCCUCGAGCAACAUCUCUUGCACAUCGACCUCGCCGCCUACCGAUUGGACGGCGACAACGUGCGCUUUGGCUUGAACAAGGACCUGGGAUUCAACGAGAAAGAUCGUAAUGAGAAUAUCCGUCGAAUUGGCGAGGUGAGUGAACUCCCAAUUCACCAGUGAAGAAUGAAAUGGAAUGCAAGACUAAUGGACGGAUGCGGGAAAUAGGUUGCCAAACUCUUCGCUGACUCCUCGACUAUCGCACUGACCUCUUUCAUCUCUCCAUAUAUCGCUGACCGAAAGAUCGCGCGUGAUCUCCAUGGUUCGGAUAAGGGAGAUGCGCUUCCGUUCAUUGAGUGCUUUGUUGAUAUCCCCGUCGAGGUUGCCGAGUCGAGAGAUCCAAAGGGGUUGUACAAAAAGGCGAGAGCCGGAGAGAUUGCAAACUUCACUGGUAUCAGUGCCCCAUAUGAGGCUCCCGUCGAUCCAGAGAUUCAUAUUAGAAACGAUCAGGUGACGGUUGAAGAGGCGGUUGCGAAGAUUAUGGAGUAUUUGUAUGCCAAGGAGUUGAUUCCCAAUAAGGCAUAGAUGCGUGAAGAGAUAGGUGGAUGAAAAGAUACCUGGCGAUGUAACGGUAUUGAUAGAGGCAGCGUUUUUUGGUUACUAGAAUUGGAGUCAUACCUUUACU